UUGGCCGUAAUGCAGAAAAUAACACAUGCACAUAAGAGGGUUCGCUCACUUGGUGCUAUGUCUACGUACUCCCGUACUCAGGAGAGCGACGCGUGGGCCCUUCUGGCACUGAAGUCGGCACCGGCCAGUCCGACGAAGAUGCAGUGGAACCCGGAGGCAAAAGGUGCACCGAUUGCACGGCUCGAGGGUCGCGAGUUCGAGUACAUGGUUAGACAACGACGUAUCACUAUCGGGCGUAACAGCAGCAAGGGUGAGGUCGACGUCAACAUGGGCCACUCCAGCUUUAUCUCGCGACGACACCUCGAAAUCUUCUAUGAUCAUCCGUUUUUCUUUAUGAUCUGCAACGGUAAAAAUGGUGUUUUCGUCGAUGGAGUUUUUCAACGAAAGGGCGCGCCUGCCUUUCAAUUACCAAAGUCGUGCACAUUCAGAUUCCCAAGCACAAAUAUCAGGCUGGUAUUUCAAUCUCUAGUGGAUGAGCAAGAGCAAAGUAGCGUACGUGUACCAUCUCCCCCAAAACAAAGGGCUCCGUUACCACCUCUGCGUAUCAAUAUACCGGAUGCAGGAUACAGUAGUCCAUUUCCAUCACCAACUGGUACUAUCAGUGCCGCUAAUUCUUGUCCUGCUAGUCCAAGGGCUGGUCAGGGAAGGAGAAACAUAUCGGCGGAUCUUCAGAUGGUAGCCGUGUAUGCAGCCGCUGUCGCUAAUGACCCACAGAAUUCUGGUUUGGAAAGGCAUGACGGGGGACAAAGCUCCAGCAGACAGAUAAGUCCAGAGCCAGGCGUCGAGUCUCGUUAUAGAAGCGGUGGCAGCAGUUCUGGGCCAAACGGUACAGCGGCGCAUUGUAGUCCACCGAAGGAUGACUCUAAGCCACCAUACUCGUACGCGCAACUGAUUGUACAAGCAAUAGCGUCUGCGACUGACAAACAGCUUACGUUAUCCGGCAUUUACUCGUACAUCACGAAGAACUAUCCGUAUUAUAGAACCGCCGACAAGGGCUGGCAAAAUUCCAUAAGGCAUAAUCUUUCGUUAAAUCGUUAUUUUAUCAAAGUGCCGAGAAGCCAGGAAGAGCCAGGAAAAGGAUCUUUUUGGAGAAUAGAUCCUCAGUCAGAAGCUAAACUCAUAGAACAAGCUUUCAGGAGAAGAAGACAGCGCGGUGUUCCAUGUUUUCGAGCUCCCUUUGGUCUCUCAUCCAGGAGUGCCCCUGCUUCUCCGUCUCACGUUGGAAUCAGUGGAUUGAUGACGCCGGAAUGCCUGAGCAGGGAAGCUUCUCCAGGACCAGAAUCAUAUCCGGAUAGUUCCGUACCUUCUCCAGCUGGUCAACUGACUAGUCAGUCCGCACCGGGAUCACCGGGUCAUCCGUACGCGCCCUCAAACCAGACAUCUCAUAAAGGUCGGCUAAUGCAGCAAAUUACUGUUGUCACAAACGGCGUCACUAAUGAUGCGACCAGAGAAGAUAAAUACGUCGUAUCUGGAAACACUACGGAAGAACAUUCUCUUUCCCCGGCUGGGCAGUAUAGUCCGGCUCCUGUUAUUGUACAAACUACAUAUAACUACAGCGGAAGCUUUAUUGGUCCCGACGCAGGCGUCGGAGUCGCGAAACGUUCACACGAGGAAUCGGAUAGCUCUCCAGGUUCACCGGCACCGCUCGCUAUCGUCGAAAGUCCUGAACCGUUAGAGCACCAGCAACCACAAUCGAAACGUCAACGCGUUCAUGAAAUGGACGACCAUUGAAUCCGUUACGUAGGACACUUGUUACAUCGCGCUAAUUCGCUCAUCGUUGAAUAUAUCUGCACGCGCGUGUACCUCAUACCUGCUCAUCUGUGCGUCCGCAAAACGCGCGUACGCCUUUGUACCCAAACUUUCGGAUCCAUGCCCAUAUCCAUGCCACAUCUAAAACUACGUACAUCCUCAUCUUUGUACGCGCGCGUACGAACGCGUACACUCGAUGUUGUACUUUCAUUCAUUUUAUACAUAAUGAUUACUUUAGUCUGCGUAUAAAUAAAUACUCGAUCCAAUUUAUCGUUUAACGCAACAAGUGGAACAUUUGGAAACAAACAAAAAAAAAAAAGAAAAAAAAGAUGA